AUGACAACUCCGAUAUCAACAAAUGUGAUACCUGCCCCGUCAUCUCAUGGUGUCGUGACAGAUUUCGUUAUCGAUUCGAGGAGAGUAUCAUCGUCAUCGAAGGAUCUUUCGAACAUAUCGAUAAUACCGCUGGACACUCGUCUUUCGUUAGAAUACGAAGCAUCGAAUGUAUUUCCAACGCAAACAAGGCCGAGCUUUCAACGACUCGAUUCAUCAGCUCCUUUGAUACUAGAUAAGCCUAAACGUAGACGUAGAAUUACGAAAAUAUGGUUAAAUAUUCUGCUUGCCAGUCUGAUCCUGAGUUGUUGCAUCAUCAUAUUGGGAUGGAUACGGAGUUUGGACGACUAUGAUAAGGUGUUUGACACACCAAAUCCACAUCAUGUACCUAUGUCAUCAAAUAAUACAACUAUGAAGACGAUCAUGGCGAACAGUCAUAAUGAUGAAAUGCAAGGUGAUAAUGCUCUUCAACUCGCUUUGAGUCUGAGAUUCGGUUUCAUUGAGAUUGAUACACAUCUUGGACUUGCCCCAUCAUCAUCAACGUCAUCAACCAAAUCGUCGAAUCAAAAUAACUCGGCCCUAAACCCAUAUCUGACUCUACUGGCAGGACACGAAAUCAAGGAUCUAAACUCGCAUCGAACAGUGAAAAAUCUUUACUUUGAUCCCUUGUUGAAGAUACUAGACGAUCAUAAUCAAGGGAGAAAUGUAAAAAUCGAUGGGUGGAAGGGAAUUUACGAAGAUGAUUCGGAUGCUGAAGUUGGAAUUCUGAUUGAUAUGAAAAACGACGCCGACAUGCUGUGGUCGUAUCUGAUCGAAGCACUUGAACCAUUUCUAUCGAAAGGGUAUCUUACAACUUAUAAUGUUAAAAAUUCAACAUGGUCAAAAGGACCUCUGACUAUUAUCGGAACUGGAUCAACGCCAUUAUCAAAAGUAUAUUAUUCUUCAUUUCGAUGUAUAUUCUACGAUGCACCUCUGCUUUCUCUCGGUAAACCGGUCACGAUCCCUUCGACAGUUGAUGGACCUUCAGUGACAUUUGAAUGGGACAAGACAAUCUCACCGAUUGCAUCAUCUAAAUUCCCAUUAAGAUAUUAUAUCAAACUUGCAUUCAUGGGAAGAAAACCCUUUAUCUGUCAAUUAAAAUCGAUCUCGGAAAUGACAAAGGGGAAAGGAAUCAAAUCUAGAUGGUGGGGUGUUGUCAAAUAUCCUAACUGGUUAAAAAUCGAUUUAUGGCAAAUCUUAUGGGAGUCAGGUCAAGAUAUAUUAAAUGUUGAUGAUUUAUCUCAAGCUAGGAUCUGGUUAGAAAACAAGAACGAAACAAGUAAGAACAUGUUGACAUGUAAAUGA